UCUGAAGGUCUUUCUGUCUCUCAGGGAUAUAAAUAGUUAAAAAAUCCAAUGUGCCAUUGACUCCUAACUGCUCCAAGAUGUUUGGGCUCGUGGCUUUUCUGUCCUGCAUUGGGCUCAUCUGGGCUGAGGCGCCCUUCAACCACAACGUGCACAAUGAGAGGGUCAUCGGAGGCAGCAAUGCCGACCACAACACCUGGAAGUGGCAGAUUUCUCUCCAGUAUGAUUCAUACAAUGACGGUUCUUACUACCACAUGUGCGGAGGCUCUAUCAUCGACGGUUUCCACAUCAUGACAGCAGCUCACUGUAUCCUCAGUACGGAUCCCAGGGGGUACCGUGUGGUCGCUGGCGAGUAUAACCUGUACGAGUACGACGGCAGCGAGCAGUUCAUCAGCGUGGAAAGGAUCCACAUCCAUCCUCAGUGGACCGGAGACCUGGGCAACGGAAACGACAUCGCCAUCAUGAGGCUGGCUGAGCCUGUUUAUGACAACGGCUAUAUUGCAAUCGGCGAGCUCCCGGCCCCGGAACAGAUGCUCCCUCAUGACUUCACUUGUUACAUCACCGGUUGGGGUCUGAUGGACUAUAUGGGGAGCGUCCCUGAAAUCCUGCAGGUGGCGCCCAUCAACGUGGUGGAGCAUUCAGUCUGCUCACAGCAUGAGUGGUGGGGCACCCUCGCUCGGAAGAGCAUGGUGUGUGCCGGAGGGGAUGGAGUCAUUUCAGGGUGCCAGGGCGACUCCGGAGGUCCCCUGAACUGUUAUGACGGAGUCUGGAGGAUCCACGGGGUCGUCAGUUACGGUCCAGCUGGAAUGUGCAACCAAGUGAGGAAGCCCACCGUCUUCACCAGAGUCUCGUUCUUCAGUGACUGGAUCUACUCGGUGAUUGGAUAAAAAACUACAGAUGGAAAAAGGGGAUUUUUCUCACACUGUGGAAUGGAACCAUUGAAAUAAAAUAAAAAACGCAUCUUAUUCAUAA